AAUGAAAAUCCCAAUGAGAAUUUUGUACUGUAUUAAUAUUAAUAACAAACAGUGGGAACAAUAAAAGCCCACCUAAUCGAACAAACUAUUGUACGUCAGUUGCAUAAUUAAAUUCCAAUUUCGAGCGGAUAUUCGAGAGUGCUCUUACGAGCGUUACGUUUAAUUUGAAUUAUCGUCAUGUUACAAAAUAUCAGUGUAAAAUAUAUCACGUGUUAUAUCAUAUAAACAUAACGAGAAUAUGCAUAAUAUUUUUUAAAAAUUGAAGUAAACUUUUUAUUAAUGCGUGAUCCCACCGUAUAUGAAUCAGUUGCUACGAGUUCGUCUCUAACGGCCAACGUCGCGACGUUGCAGAGUCACAAGGACGCACGGAAGACCAGGUACCCUAGUUCGGUCUUUGUGACUUUACUAUCAGUUUCGAAAGGUGCAUCGGCAUGCAUACAACGCGUCGUUACUAUCCUUCUCUGUUGCUGUCUUCUUCGCGCGUAGUCAUAACAGCAAUCGGUAGCUAUAGGUUUGCAUUCCUUUCUUUUUUUACCCCAUACGCUCUGGGAAGGUCACAGGCAUUCAGACUUUGUUUCGCACGCCUAUUUGAAACUUCGAUAGGUCGGAAUCUCCGCGUAGAAACUCUGUAAAUAAUAUGUGAAACAGUUGUGAUUCUCCGUUAUGCGAUUGACAACUCAAUUAUACAAAAUUCAAGUUCCUGUAUGUUGUCUGGUGCUAGUGUUGUGUUUUGAAAAAGCCACGUGUCUGCCGGUAAAACUUUUUAACAAGUGUCACGCAAACUUCGACAGUUUGGAUUAAUCAAUAUAUUACCGGACGCUUGAUAUCAUUGAUAUUACUGUAUUUCAUUGAACUUAUUGACCCCGGUUGAAGUCGACGGAUUCAACGAUUUCAUGGGCCCUGUCGUACUUGUUGAUCCUGCUAAAUCAAAGAAAUAUUUAUUGUUUGAAGUUACUGCUUGAAAGAUCAACCAAUAAUGGGGACUGGUCAAAUGGGCCUUCUCCUUUGGAAGAAUUACCUGGUGCGAAAGAGACAACCGGGAAUUCUGGGUCUGGUGUUUUUAUGGCCGAUAGCAAUCUUUCUACUUCUCUACACCGUAAGGCACAACGUUGAGCCCGAGUACAAUCCAACGUGUCAGUUUUCGGGACGGAUGCUGCCACAAAAUGGACUUCUUCCUUUUCUGCGAAGUUUUGUCUGCAGUAUUGGCAAUCCUUGUGAACCAUUGUCGGCGUAUGAGACAGUACCUAGUUAUAGAAAUGCCACGCUCGAACCACUUUUCGGAGAGUUAGAACCGCUGCUGGGAAAUGAUACUUUGGUGACUGUCAUAAAAAAUCUGCCAAAAGGCACAAAACUUUUGGAGUCUAUGGCUCAGACUUUCACUCAGCCGCACGUGAAACUUUUAUUUGAAAAGGGAAUACAUGUUGGUGAUUUGUUCCUGGAUCAUGAAUUCAUAAAAAGUCAUGUAAAAUCUCUUGGAUUGGGGAUACAGUCUGAUUUGAUUGAUGCGAUUUUGCAAAAUGCUACAAUAAAUUUGGCACCGCUGGUUGACAGUUUUGGCUCUACUGAUAUCGACGACAUACUAUGCUCCAGUGAAACUCUUGCCCAGUACUUAGUGGUACCUAAUGAUUUGGACCUAAACGAUGUCACCCAGGUUCUAUGUAAUCUUGAUUCCGUCAGGGUGGUCGCUUUGGUAAAUCAACUGACGCAUCAUCUGAACAUACAAAAAUUUUUGGAUACGCUCGAUCGCGCGAUGAGCAGAUUUCGGAAAUAUGAUUUUCUCAAUGAUUUGAGUCAUGCAGUUGAACAACUUCUACAAUUGAAGACAAUAGAACGCUUUGUUCCAUCUUAUUUGAAAUUAGAGCGAUGGCUUCCUUUUGUCAUUCCACUUUUUCGAAAUGUCACCUUUCGCGACAUGGAUUUGACUUUCAUCAAUAAAUCACUUGCUCUCCUAGAGCCGAUCUUCCAGAAUGAUCCGGAUUGGCCCGUGGUUCACCAUGCUUUAUCCAGCUUUAAUCAAUUCUUAACCACCCUUGAAGAAAUCCUUAGACAGUCGAAUCCUGCAUCUGAUCAGCAUCACUCUGGUCCAUCGUCUCUCACUGGUACUCAAUAUUCUACAAGAGAACGAAAAGAACUUCGUCACGAUAUUGGCAAGGCCUUUGAUUUGGCUUACGUAGUUCUAAUGGACGGUGUAACAUUGACCAACAGAUUGAUCGAUCAUCAUCAGAACGAGAUUGGAAAGGGAACUGAACUUCUCGAUGCUCUUCGAAAUAUUUUUCCAAAGAAUGUCUUAAAUCUGGCUACCUACUUUGUCUCUCUGACGGAGAAAAUCGUGAGGACGGUUGAGCACGUCGCGACGCUUUAUUCAGAGACACCAAGCAAACUCUAUAAAGUAUCGCUCAAGCAUAAGGAUCUUGUGAAGCGUAUCCUGGGAAGUCUCAAACCUACUUCUUUCGAGACUGUCGUUCGGUCCUUCUCGCACGCUAUGGUGGCCGAGCAUUUUAUCGAGGAAAUGGAUAAACUAAAGGAUGCUGGCCAAGCUAUUUGUGAAGACCACGUCUUCCGGGAAAUAUUUAAUGUCGAUGUACAGAAACACGAGAACGAUUCUGCUGUCUUAUUAAAAGAUCUCUUAUGCAAUAAUCAGACAAAGAAAUUCAUUUCAGAAAUAUACGAUUCUUUCGAGUUAGAUAAUUUUCAGGAUAUCGUCGUCAACACUCUGUCCACCUUUGUGACCAUGGCUUUCCAGCAACCUGUCGCUUUGGAAAAAUCAAACGUGACUUCCCUUUUGAGUAGCAUGAGAAAAUUAUUCGAGUACUUUGAUCGUGAAUCUGUAAUUUCGAUCGGAUCUAACGAGAACGAUUGGCAAGGUACUUUUGAUAUUUCUCAAGAGUGGAUGGAGAUCUUCAAGAAAAAUGAAGCUACGGGAAGACUUGACGUAUUAGCUGUACAUCUUGCAAUGGCGAAACUUAUGGGUUUACGCAGCUUGGCUUAUGUGAGUAUUAUACCGGAUCUCAAACGAAUGGAUGUACUGGCCGGAACCAUUUUGGAUGACGUUGAAAGUGAACCAAACCGCUGGAUCUUUGACGUUCGGAAUUAUCGAUCACAGCUUCUGAAUACAUUUUAUUUGACUCUUGCAAAUAGAGAAAAGGUCUUGAAAAUUCUGGAAUUAAAAAAUUUCACUCAAGCUUACUGCAAUGCAUCGAUUUCGAUAGAGCUUCUCGAAUAUCCUGAGUCAUCGAACGACGUGAUUCUUAAGAAAACAAUUUGCCGGCUUUCAUCACUUGUCGAGAUGAAUCUUGAUCGAAGCGUCACUGAUCUUGAUAAAUCUAUUUCCACAUUUAGUUUGAAAAAGUAUGAUUUUAAUUGGACUGCUUUCAAUGAUAAGACCAUUAAAAUUUACAAACAUAUUGAUUCCCUGCUUCACGAAGAAGAUCUAAAGAAUUAUGAACUGGAAGUCAUCGAAAGAUCCAGACAGAAGUUUAUUAAUGCGUGGACCGCCGACCUCAGCAUCCAAGACGCUUGGGAGAUCAGCAUUGGACUUAUCUGCAAGCUCUUCACCGUAAUGGAAAGUCCACUCUUCAACGUUCAGAGCAAAGUUACCUGGCGAAACUUGUACGCUUUGGCAUGGGCGACUGAUGUCAUUCAGGAACAUCUUGAGACUCUUCUUCAGCAUCUUCAAGAAAAGAAUUACUCUUUGGAGCUUUCGGAAGUUCUACGCGAAAUGCCACAGACAACAAUUGUGGCUAAGCUACUCCUGGAAAAUUUAGUUCCUAUCACUCUGGACAUCCUUGACACGAUUACCCUGAUGAGACCACUUCAUUUGUUUACAGGUAUCACUGAGUAUCAAAAUCAUGAACCAGAUUGGCCAUGUAUACGCAGUGAGAGUAUUGGUGAUGUACUUGAUCUGAGAAACGGAAGUCGACAGGUAGUCCGCGAGAUUGAAAGAAUCAGCUGCAAUCCAGGACUCUUUCUCAGGGAAUGGACCGACCAACCUGCAUUUACUAGACUACGUAAAAUCUGGGGAACCAACGAUAAGGACGAUAUUCAGAGUUUCGACUGGACUUUAGGUUACGUCAAAUUUCGACAUCUGGUGGCAAACAUGAGUACCUUUAUUGAAAAGUCUGACGGGCUAAUUCUACCAGAUAUGUCGCCAUCUUUUCCAGUCUACGUUAAUAAAUUUCUUCCGGAAGUGAAGAAGACUUUUGAGGAACGCUCAGAGCGUCCUGUGGGAGAGAGUGGCAAACGGACUCUUCUCGAGCUCAUGGAAUUUUUAGAUUUACAAAUUGAUAAGAGCGCCGAAGCCUUUCAACGCGAUGCGUCUGCGAGCGACGUGCUGACCAGGAGUUAUACAAAUAAUGGAAAAGGUCAAGACAAGUCAAUGACAAUGCAGGACAGAAUUUUGAUUCUGACAAAAUUCAUUUCACGAGCUCUCGACGAAAUUUCACGCGUCAUACUCAACAUUCUUCGCUCGCACAAGGAUAAAGCCAAACAAAAUGGCAGUAUCGAUGUUCUCUCUGUUCUCGGAUUUGCCGAUGAUAGUCCUGUUGCGAUUGCAUACCAUCGUUUUGCUGAAAUUCUGGCGACGCUUGUAAAUGGUCUCGAUGACCCUAAGUUUCUCACGCUAAUUAGAUCAGACUCGGCCGUUAGCUGUUCUGAUAUUUUCUCAUGGUUCACCAGAUCAAGGGUACCAAGACUUUCCGAAAGGGAAUGCACAAUCCUUAAGAAUUUUACGUGCGAUGCAGAUCCUGAGAAUGUUAAUCUAUUCACCGAUUUAUACUUGCGAGAAACACUUUUUUGGAAAAAGCCAGUUUCCGAGUACAGGUGUCGCUUCGCCCGAAUCACUUUCAAUUUUUACGAAUUAGGAGAAACACUUCAAGAUGGUACCUUAAAAUCGAUUGUAAUCGAGCCGCCAUAUUCGUCUCGAUAUUUAUAUCGAUUUCUGGAGAGCCUGAAAGAAAAUUUAAAAAACUCUCAAUAUAAAUUCUCUAAUCAAUUUCAGGAACUUUCCGCCGACAAGUGGCCUCGUUCUCAACAAUUACUGAUGGCUGCCCUCUCUCAACUCUUAAGUCAUGCAACGGAUGCUCUGCAUUCCUGGGAUCAAAAAGCCAAAGAAGAAAUUGGACAUUCAAAGGCACGCGUUCUGUACAGCUGGAAUUUCGUCAAGGACGGUGACAUUCGUCAACUCGUUAAACUCCUUGAGGCGCAUCCACUCGAAGCGGUAUCGCUUCUACCAAAAUUUACGGAAUUCGACACAUUUUUGGAAAAUAAUGAAACGGAAUUUAUGUUAUUACAAAAAAUGAGGGAGACCGUAUGCGAUCUACGGUUCGAGAAAGACGGUUAUUGGAAGCAGUCAAGCAGGCAACACUUUUUGAACGAACUUUGCUCCUUUGAUCUUCAUCAACUUUUGAGAAGUGCUAUCGGUGAACAAUUUCUUAAUGCAGCGCUCGGACGUACACAGGAACUACGUGAAAUCCAACCGCUAUCUACCACCAUUAUAAGCUUUAUUGAUAUUUUCAUUAAUUUAACUACAGCUUAUCCAGAACUUUCUUUUCGUUCAAACUUAAUCAAUGCCACUACGUGGAGGAAUCUGCCGACUGAUACGAAAUUGGAGCUUAUCAAAUUCCAGAAAUCCUGGAUACGCAGUCUGAUGCGUGAAAGUAGGAUAACUUUUUCUACUUCGGGAAGAAGUGGAAAUAAUAAAAGAAAUGAAACCGGAAAUGAGACCUGGGAUAACGCAUUUGACUUGGUCAGGAUGAAUCGAUUUUUGAAGAUCGUUUCCGGACUCGUACAUUGGAUCUCUGGUGGAGACAUCUGGCAGAAAGUGCGUGAUUCAUAUAAGGAAUCGAAAAUUGAACCCUUACUGGAUGUCAUUGAAGAGUUGCCAAAUUUACUUGCUUCCGGUGUUGACACUUUCUUGUAUUCGAAUCAGUUGAAUGAUUAUAUACUGGGACUCUUUGCCGAACGCAAUGAUAUUUGCGACUUCGAUCAUUUUCUGCUGGUACCAAGUUUCAUUCAUGAUGAUUCACUGCGUUCGCGACUUCGAAAUUUUUGUACCAAAGUAUUAAAAAGUCAAGAGAAUCUAAGUAGCAAAGAUUUUGUACCAUUUAAUAAGGAUUACAAUACUGCAGUGUCGGGGAUGGGAAUCUCAUCGACAGAAUCAUCAAACGAGACUUACUUUUUUCAUAAUCUAGAACACUUCCAGUCCAUUUUAAUUCGUUCAUUGAGCGACGGUUUUGAAUCACCGGAAUUACCAAAAUGGUGGAUUUCUUUUAAAAAUAAAUCAUUGAAAGAAUUUCGCACGCUCCUUGGAAUUAAGAACCCAAAAGAAUUAUCACGAUUGGUUGUUCAAAAAUCCAUGUUGCUCUUACGUGGUUUAUUGGAAUCUUCGAGCCUCUCCAUUAAUAGAAAUUGUUCCUGGUGCAGUGUGGCUGAAAAUGCUAUCGACAUUUUGAAUUCUCAACUGUCACAACAUGCACUUUACGGCGAAUAUUUCUGCAAGGCUGCGAAGUGGAACUCUGUUCAGCUAAAGGAAGCAUUCCUCGGCCCCUUAGGAUGGAAUAAGACCAUGACUAUGAUUCAGGGGCAUGAGAUUCAAACGCAAAACAAGACGAGAACUCUUGAAGAAUUUGUGAGAAGUCUUGAAGUAUCAUUAAACUACGUUCUUGAGAUCAUCAUUGACUAUUCGGAUGCUGGAUGGCGAGAAAAAACUGUUACUUGCUUCUACGAAUUCGUGGGAGGCCCUAAUUACUCACGAGCAGGGUUAUGGAUUUCAUUGGGAAUUGGAGGAAUUGAUAUACUGAGGCACAAUCUUCCUCUGUUAAAUUCAACUGAAAAACAAAUAAUUGUCCUUGGGAAUUUGAGUCGAAUGGUAGAAAAGAGUGUACCAAUUUGGACGCCAUUGAGUGAAGUAAUUAAACCAUCAGAAAUAAAAAAUAUUGAGCGUCUGCUACCCAAUGCCAGCAUAAAUGUAAACCUGUUUUCUGAAGUAAACGGUGAAAAUUCUUCAUCAAUCUACAAGAUUCUUAGUUCAAAGAAAUCAGGAAAACUUAUUCGGUUUUCUUCUUCUCCACGUCAACAACUUCAGGACACGUGUUCUUCCUGCCUUCUAGAGAUCUCUGAGGCCCUUUCACGUAGUGUCGAUCGAGAUAUCCUCAAGCACGAAUUACCCAAGUGGAGGGAGAAGAAAACUUGGGAUUUGAUUUGGCUCGAUGAGGCUCUUGAACACUUGAGUUCAGCUAUGGCGGAAGUUGCGACUCUUUUGGAUUUGGCAAGGAAAGUUGACUUUAAUGAUGUUUCAAAAAUUAUGCAGGCACCGGAUAUUGUUGACGGCAUCCUGAAACUUCUUCAGGACAAAACUGUGGACAAGUUAUUCGAAGGAUUUAACGAAAUCCUUGAUGACGUCGAACCGUUCCUCACUGAUCCAAUCAUUAAGGAAGAUCUUCACAAAGUCCUUGAGAUAUUUGAGUCUUUAGAAAUCUUCAAGAACUUGGGACUGUUGAACGUAAAAUAUCCGAUCAAAGAAAUGUUCAUCAAUUGGGAUGAAUUAAAAUCUUUUUUGGUGAAGGACAUUCAGAUAUCAGAUGAUGUUGUGGAACGUUUCGCCAGGGCAAAGAUAGAUACAAUAUCAAUAUUGAGAAAGCAACAAAAAAAUAUAAAUUUCGGAGAAACAAUCUGUUCUCCUCAAUUCCAUAAUAUCGUUCGAUUUGGCCCUGGUCCAUUUAAUGCUGAAAACGUUUCUUCGAUGCUCUGUCAUUUCGAUGAACAGCAAACUCGCAACUUGACAGUUGCAUUACUGGAAAAAAUCAAUUUCCCUUAUAUCUUGCACAACCUAAUGAGCAUCAACGUGAAGACCAUCCUAUCUAAAGCGGAUCUGACCAAGGACGAAGCAAAGGAAUUGAUGAGUAACUUUACCGUGGUCGGACAACUAGUCCGAAAUUUUGCAAAAAUAUUGCCAGCAGAAAGUUUGACCUUCUCUGAACCUUUCGAAUCAACAUCCCCUUUAGGUUUUUUCGAGGAUGCUGGAAAGAUGAUGUGCGGUCGAGCAGUUAUCGGAAAAACACGCGGACUUUACAAAGUUCUGUCAAGGAUAGAAGAGCAGAAAAAGAAAUUCGACGAGGAGGAGCUGGCAUCGUUACCGACCGACUUCUGUAGAGAGACGUAUAAGAACAUAGUGAAGAUGAAUGGCGGUAAAAUAAUAUGGUCCUACGUGAAGCCGCUGUUACGCGGCCGCAUCCUUUAUACUCCAAGAACAAAAGUCCUCGGUGAGGUAAUGUCUCUGGCGAAUCAAAGCUUCACGGAGUUUGAGAAACUUCAGCAGGUGGUUACUGGGUUCGGAAAGAGUCUAGCGUCCCUGGUUCAGCUGUCGUCCAAGGAUCGGUUACUCGAAGACCUUCAAGAAGUCCUCUCAUCAGAAACCAUGAAGCUUGCAAUUCAAUCUUUCCUUCCGGACAACGCUGACCUUGACGAUGGACCCUUGGAUCUUGAUCUUCCAAGACUCGCUCGUUGGCUAAGCAGUAACGGGAAGCUGCUGCAGAAUGUGAAUACUCUGGAAAAGUUAAUGGAAUGCGUCCUGGUGGAUCGUAUUCGGGGCUUUGAUACCGAAGAGGAUCUUGAGAGAGAAGCUGAUGUUCUAACUCACACAAAUGAAUUCCUAGCUGGGGUCGUCUUUAUUCCUCGUUCAGGACGCUCACGACGCUCGGCGUCCUUCCAAGAUAGUCUACCAGCUAACGUGACGUAUAAAAUCCGAAUGGAUGUGGACUACGUGCCGACGACCAGUAGAUUGAAGAAUCAAUUCUGGUCACCGGGACCGGAAAGUAAUUUCAUUGAAGAUCUGAGGUACCUCCGUGGUUUCAUUCAGCUUCAAGACAGCAUCGACAGGGCAAUCAUAAGAUCAAAGAUACGAAGACAAACAGAUAUUGAUCCAUCAACGCAAGAUUGGACAACGCUCACUCGUCAGAUGCCUUAUCCGUGUUGGAAAUAUGCGCCUUUUCAGUCGACGCUUUAUGAAUCUCAGGGAAUUCAAACGUGCUUUUUCUUCGCACUGAUGAUGUGCGUCGGGGCGGCUAUUAGACACAUCGUCUGGGAAAGAGAGUCCCAAAAUGCGAUGGUAAUGAACGUCAUGGGCUUGAAGCCUUGGAAAAGCACUCUUGCUUGGUACCUGACGACCUUCAUAGAAUUGGUCAUUGUAAUGGUGUCCAUAUGCACAAUACUCACUUUUGGCAAAAUUCUUCCACGUUCAGACCCGUCACUAUUAUUGUUUCUACUGUUCACCUACAUCUUCUCCGUCGUGAGUUUCUGCUACAUGAUCUCAAGAAUGUUCAGCUCUGCAAGUUUAGCUGCUGUCACCGGAGUUGUCACUUUCCUCCUGACGUAUAUGCCUUACGUCGUUGUAAUAGCUAUGGAAGCCAACAUGCAGCUGGGAUACAAGAUUUUUAUGUGUCUAAGCAUGUCAACAAGCUUCUCCUAUGGAUGCUUGUAUGCAGUACGUAGAGAAGUCCAAGGAACUGGCCUAACCUGGGGAAUCCUUUGGGAGGAAUCAAGCCCUGAAGAUUCCAUGUCCUUAGGUUUAGUCCUACUGAUGCUGAUUUUCGACGGCUGUCUGUAUACAUCGAUUGGCUACUUCAUCUCCAGGUACACGAAUUCGGGCUAUAUUGUAAAGGAAUUAUUUACCCUUGAAUCACGCUAUAGGCCACUCACCUGCGACACGUACAUUCGUUCUGAUUACACAGAACUUAUCAAUGACUACUACCUGACUAACGAAGUAGCACAACCUUCGAGCACUCAUCAAGAAUCUGAAAACAAUACUAGCAGCGUAAUAAUCAACGAGAAACAGAUCGGCGUGAGUUUCGAAGGAGUUCGAAAAGUUUACCGACUUGAAGAUGGGCGAGAAUUGGUAGCCGUGGAGGAUUUGAACCUGAAACUCCACGAGGACGAGGUCACCGCAUUGCUUGGACGUAACGGAGCCGGAAAGACCACGAUAAUCAAGAUGCUUACCGGGAUGCUUGCACCAAGUAACGGGGAGAUUCGAUUAGGCAGCAGCAAUGGUACCAAACCAGAGAUUGGUGUCUGUCCUCAGGACAAUGUUCUUGUAGACUGUCUAACGGCAAGGGAGCACAUGCUUUUUUAUGCGAAACUAAAAAAACCAGAUGCACAGGAUAAAGAAUUAUUAGUCCACGUUAACACGAUGCUGGAGUCUUUGGAGCUUGGUGAACAAGAAGAUGAGAUAGUAUCUCGACUAUCCGGUGGUACACGAAGACGCCUCUGUGUCGCUCUGGCAUUCUUAGCUUCCCCAAAGUUUGUAAUCCUUGACGAACCUGGUGCCGGCGUCGAUCCUGCUGCAAGACGACGUAUCUGGCGUCUCAUAGAUAAGCAUAGACAAGGACGCACUGUUUUACUAUCGACCCAUCAUCUAGAUGAGGCAGAUAUGCUCAGUGAUACCGUAGUGCUUAUGCACAAGGCCAGGAUCCUCUGGGUGGGUUCACCGCUUAGCCUAAAGACGAGCUACGGAAAAGGAUAUAAGCUCCAUAUACUUUUUGCGCAUCCCCACGACACAGGAUCUUCGCAAAGGUCAACAGCUUCAUUAUCUGAAAUACCAGGAGCAACAGCACAGUCCUUAACGACGACGUCGCUCGGGGAAAAACGUUUGGAGACCUUGAUCAGCUUGUUGGCAAGUGUCGUGCCAAAUGUUACACUUAACGAGAAUUCCGGUUCUCAUCUCAGCGUUACUUUACCGUUCAAUGGACCACAUGGCGCGUCUAAUGACAUCGCGGGGGUUGCCAGACUUCUAGAGGAGAAUCGACACAGCCUUAACUUUUCUCACUUUUCCUUGGAAUGCGACGACCUAGAGAGCGUCUUUCUGGAGUUGUGUGGAGACACCGAACACAAGGAGUCAGCAUGGCAAGGACGUGGUGGACGAGACAGGCUUGCGAGCCGCGCGAGUAUCUCCAGUGCGCCUUCAAUAGGUAGAGACCCAGCGACCAGAAGUCUCUCAGCAUCGACGACCACCGUGUCCCUGGGGAUGUCAGCGACGACGGAACGUCUCGACCUGAUCGGCACCGAAGAACGAAGUAAUUUAGGUGGCUUCGCAGGAUUUUCCCAAGCAAAAGCACUUCUGCAAAAGCGCCUCUGGCACUUUGCUAGGGAUUGGAGAGCCCCGUUGGCGGCUCUUCUUCUGCCGAUGCUCUUCGUCGCGGUGGCGAUGGGGUUCUCGCUAAUCAGGCCACCCUCCGCCGACGAGCCACCCCUCCUUCUCAGCCCAAACCUCUACGAGACCAAUUCGCACGCCCCAAUCCACUUCUACAGCAUUGAUAAUAACGUUAUGAAUUAUAAUUUCCUGAAGAGCGUCUCACAGGAAUUACGUGAUCGCUUCGCGACGUCCAGAGGCGUGGCAACGUGGCAAAUGUCACUUAACGACACAGGGUCGUGCCAGUGUGUCGAUGGUGAGCAACAAUGCCAUUCAAUCACUCAGUCCAAAGAAGGCCUUGUGGAGACGCCUCCAGGUCAACCGACCCUUCACUGGAUAAUAUCCACGCACCAGCAGUACAUAGAAAAAAGAUAUGGAGGAUGGUCUCUAGGAGAUACGAAAAAUGGCAGCCCACUCUUUACCGUCUGGUACAACAACAAGGGUCAUCACUCCCUGCCAGCGUACUUAAGUGCUCUAAAUGAGGCUAUCCUUCGUGCAUCCGGUAUUCCUGGUCAUAUUACAACCAUCAAUCAUCCCCUCAAACUCUCUCGGGAUCAGCUCAACAGAACAAGUUUAAUACAGCACGUGGCAGACGUCGGCGUAGCUCUGGUACUAUUGAUAGCUUUCAGUCUGGUCGGUGCUCAAGGUGCUAGAGAACUCGUCCGCGAGAGACUCACUGAGGAGAAACGCAUUCUCUACCUAGCCGGCGUUCAUCCCUUUACCUACUGGAGCACAGCCUUCCUUUGGGACUUUUUCGUCUUUGGCUGCUCGAUUUGUCUAGCAGUGAUAGUCUUUCAGAUAUUUGGUCUCUCAACGUACGUUGCCAGGGAUAACCUGCCAGCCAUUUGCCUUGUUUUGAUACUAUUUGCGUGGGCAGUGAUACCAUUGACGCAUUUCAUGGAAAAGAUCUUCGACGACGCAAGCGUCGUCAACAUGAUUCUCUUUUGCGUGAACACCUUCAUAGGAGUGGCUGCUUUGGCAACGAUCCUCAUCAUCGACAUCCUUGGAAACAGUAAGACAGCUGAGGAUAUCCGGGAAAUUCUUCACAAGAUAUUCCUGAUACUUCCGCAGUAUGCACUCGGUGAUAGCUUGGUUCGUAUGGCCAAGAAUGACAUCACGGCAGAACUCUUAGAGAGAUUCCAUAUGGACACUUACGUGUCUCCUCUUGGAUGGGAACUUCUUGGACUGCACUACGUCGUCUUCUUGGUAGUGGGAGCCAUCUUCUACCUGUUGAAUCUGGCCAUUGAGUGCCGUCUUGUUCCUGGGUUCCCGGGAUACUUGUACCGUAUAGGAAAAUGCAAUAAAAAUUCUGACCAGGAUCAGAUUGACAAUGUCAACGAGGAUGAAGACGUCCUAAUAGAGAGGAGAAGGGUCGAAUGGUCAAGAGAAAGCCACGACCUCUUACGCGUACUCAAUCUCCGAAAGGAGUACCAAUCUGUAGACUCCGGGAAAAAGGUGGCCGUUCAGGAUCUUAGUUUUGGCGUACAGCCCGGAGAGUGUUUUGGUCUCCUGGGCGUUAAUGGCGUCGGUAAGAGUACCACGUUCAAGAUGUUAACUGGGGAAAUCGAGCCGACGGAUGGGAGGAUCUUCGUCGCUGGCAAGGAAGUCGGUAGACGACCUGAUUCUUCCGGUAGGAUUGGAUACUGUCCGCAGGACGAUGCCCUCGACGGCUUCCUCACACCUCGUGAAAUUCUCUCUAUCCAUGCUCGUCUUUGUGGUUUGCGCAACGUUAACACGGUAGUCGAGUCAACCUUAGAAAGAUUUGAUUUGACAAAGUAUGCCCGCCAGAGGGUUGACAGAUUAAGCGGAGGAAAUAGAAGGAAGCUCUGCGUCGCAAGAAGUGUCAUGUCACCUGGGGUCUCCAUUGUUCUUAUGGACGAACCAAGCAGCGGCAUGGAUCCAGCUUCGAAGGAACUAGUUGCUAGGGCUGUCCGACGUGUUGUCGAUAAUCGUGGUUGUGUUCUUCUGACAUCACACAGCGUCGCUGAGUGUGAAAAUAUUUGCACGAGAGUAGGGGUCCUUGGAAACGGUCGGAUCAGAUGUAUAGGAUCACCAGAGGGUCUUAAACACAAAUAUGGAAAGGGUUACGUCGCAUUCUUCAGAGUGGCCACGGAGUAUGGAGGUCUUGUCGAAUUAAAACGCGCCAUUGCCAGGCAUCUUCCUGAGGCUAUAAUCUCUUCGAGGCAGAUACGAACAGCGCGUCUCCUUAUUCCGUACAGAGAUGAACAAAUUGGAGGAAUGGAGGGAGAUUUGAAAAUAAGUGAAAUAUUUGAAAAAGUUAAGAGGAUAGCUGAGGAACUAGGUGCUAGUGAUUAUACGCUCAAUCAAUCCUCAUUAGAUCAGGUGCUGGUUAAUUUCUCGCAGCCCUUGCAAGAUGACGAGGAUACCAAAGGGAGCAGUGGUACUUCUAAGAAUUCCAAAAACAACUCUCCACGAAAAGGCAAUUCAGUUUUCAACAACGAGGCUUUCAACAGCGAAGACCACAUAGCCAUGGAAACGUUUUAACUGAGUUAAUUCUACACUCUCAGCAUCGUUCCUCAUACCAAUUUUGCUUUUGGUAACAUUUAAAAAAUAGCACUUUAUAUGAUACAAACGAAAAAGAGCAAAAUACGCUAUUAUCAAAUUUUAUUCUAUCCAUCAUGUGAGACUUUUCUCCCGUUCUCUCUAUUUCUUAACUAAGAAGCAAUAGUAAAGAGUCAUUAGACAUUUACCAAACGACUAUCGAACGAAGCCCAAGUUUGAUGGUCAUCACACCUGAGUAACUAAAUAAGUGGAUAGAGAGGAAAUAGCAAUGAGAAAGAGAGAGACAGAAAGAGAAGAUCCCUCGCCGAUCCGGUAUACAGCAACUUGAACCACUUUGAACCAGUAUACUAGCAGACCAAACACGUAUUUUCAGCAUGGUGGCACGCGUAUGGUAUCUAGGUAACCACAAAAGGUAAUGAUGCCCAUAACACAUUAUACUAUACAGUGUUAUACACGGCAAACGCACGAGCUGAAAUUAGCCGUGAAUUAGUGAUUUGAUGAAUCAGGGCCAGGUGGCAUCAUUAAAGAAAUGAAAGUUAACGUUGCAACGUUGCUUUUAUCAUGAAUUUUACAUUCUUUUAUUUUAUGUCAAAAGUUUGGCCACAGUCAAAGUCACGUUAAAGUGCACCAAGGCUGCGUUUCAAGAUGAGUAGACCCUAUCAUUCUUGCUUAUAGAAAAAAAAAGAUGUAUGUAUAUACAUAUUUCUCUUGGAGAUUGGCUCCAAAACUGGCAUAUUUUCUAAGCUCAUCAAUGAUAUCUUUGUCAUGCAAGAUAUGUAUAAUAUAACUUGACUCAAGUAUUCUGACCGUA